AUGAGCGCUGCUGGCAUCAAUGCCGGAGCACAAGCAGUCGACUGGACUCGGUCUACUGCAAUUUGGAUGUUUGGUGCCAGUAAUGGAAAGUGGUUUCCUAUCAAUAAUAAAAAUCAUCAAGUUCGGGAGAAAGAAUUCUGCGCUGAUUAUUUGAAACUCCAGCAGACUACGUUUUUAACACUAGGGUGAGU